ACGAAUUGGAGAGGGCCUGCUGUCAUGUCGACGGGAUCUGUCAGUGACACUGAGGACUUGCGGGAGAUGGAGUUACACGGGUUCCAGCUCCGGUGUAACGGUUUCAAACACGAGGCGAACGACACGGGGUUCUACAUCUCGGCUGAAACCACUGACGAGGCGUGCUCCGACUGCAGUCCCAAGAGGAAGAGGCGGCCGGGCGUACGCAAAAAGCAACUGCCCAAGCGAGUCAAAGACGGUAAACAGACACAGAGAAACGCUGCCAACGCCAGAGAGAGAGCCAGGAUGAGAGUGCUGAGCACAGCCUUCUCCAGAUUAAAAACCAGCCUUCCCUGGGUGCCGUCAGAUACCAAACUCUCCAAACUGGACACCCUCAGACUGGCAGCUAGUUACAUUGCACACUUAAGGCAAAUCCUGGCCAACGAUAAAUACGAAAAUGGAUACGUCCAUCCGGUAAAUCUGACCUGGCCUUUCGUAGUUUCAGGAAGAUCAGACCUUGACAGCAAAGAUCUCACAGCUACGUCCAGAUUGUGUGGGACCACGGUCUAGCUUUGAAAGUCAGCUCCCUCUCCUUCCGCUCUAAGCAGCGUUCCGUGGCGUUUCACCGGACGGAGCCUGGUGGUCUUUCUCAGUGGGAGAGGUUCCGCCGUCCAUCACGUUUCGAUGCCAUUUUAGGCUUUCGGCUUUCAACUGUAUGCUUUGCAGGACAAAGCUCAGAAUUGCGGCAAAAUGUCAAGAGUGGACGAGGGAUUAGGGAAACGUCGGCCGUAGCAGGAUAUUUCAAAGGUUAGGUGAAUUGACACACACACACACACACACACACACACACACACUCUAAGGACCAACGAUGGAUGUUUACUUUACACAACCUGGGGUGAGGUAUUAGCAUGCUGCCCUACACGCACUGAAAGUACAUACAGUAUUAAAACAAUCAUUAUUGAGAGAACUUUGUGAGCUUUAAAUCUGAGAUAGAUAAGCUUCUGUUAAGCAAAAAUAUUAAGGGAUACGGGACAAAGGAGUUAAGCCAGAGACCAGCUAUGGUCUCAUUGAAAGGCUGGAUGGCCUACUCAUGUUCCUAACUAGCAGUAUUAACUUGUGAUAUAUAAAUUGUGAAAUAAUGACUGCAGUGGGUAGUGGAAAGAACAAGUGAUAAUGGGAACUGCAGAUGCUGUAGAAUCCAAGAUAACAAAGUGUGGAGCUGGAUGAACAUAG